UGUCUCUAGUGCGCAUGCGCACAUGGUUGACGUGCGCUGGGCGCUGAAGAAAAAGAACAGCCGGCGCCAUGCGCUUCCAUCAAACUCACGGCUCGCGCUGAGACUUCACAAGUGUCAAACCAUAGAUGUCGCGGGAAUGUGAGAGCGUCACGUUGCCCUCGGUCAAGUGGAAUGAAAUCGGCAGCGGCGGGCCAGGUUACAGCUUUUCUUUCAAUUUCGCUUGUGGAUACAUGUAGUGAAGUUGCAGGCUUAUACUGUAAUACAGCGCUUGAAACAUGGAGGGAAACUCAAGGGAAAGCGACCGUCUGGAGAGCGAGCGCCAGUACUGCGAGCUGUGCGGGAAAAUGGAGAACCUGAUGAAGUGCGGACGGUGUCGCAGCUCGUUCUACUGCAGCAAAGAGCACCAGAGACAGGACUGGAAGAAGCACAAACGGGUGUGCAAGGAGGCCGACAAGCAGCAGGAGCCGCCGGCUGAAGAGCGCAGCGCCGUACAGUGCAACACUUCAGAAGAGUCGAACACUUCUCAGAGUAACUCUACUGUUGCGUCACCCGGCGAAAGAAUGCCAGAUUUUAUCAAGUCCGCUACGGGCCCUGACACCAAACCGACCGCGGACAGCUCGAAACCCAACGGACAGACGCGGUCGCCUCCUCAGAAACUGGCCACGGACUAUAUCGUGCCCUGCAUGAACAAGCACGGCAUCUGUGUGGUCGACAAUUUCCUCGGUGACGAGAUCGGGCGCAGUAUUCUGGAGGACGUGCGGGCGCUUUACUUGACCGGCGGCUUUACAGACGGACAGCUGGUCAGUCAGAGGAGCGACUCGUCUAAGGACAUUCGGGGGGAUAAGAUCACCUGGGUAGAGGGGAAGGAGCCGGGAUGCGAGAGGAUAGCGUUUCUCAUGAGUCGCAUGGACGAUCUGAUCCGACACUGUAACGGGAAACUGGGCGACUACAGGAUCAAUGGAAGGACGAAAGUCAGGGGAACGCCUGCGACCACCAGCUGCUAUCAGGCGUACCCAACGCAUGCACAGUGUUUGGACAAACCUCCAACCUCUGAGGGUUUAGGGAAGCCAUCACCUUUUCCCUCUUGCUGUAAACACAUGCACGCUUAUUGUGACUUACAGGAAAUUUGUAACAAGGCAAUGGUGGCGUGUUACCCUGGCGACGGGACAGGAUAUGUACGGCAUGUGGAUAACCCUAACGGAGAUGGGAGAUGUGUCACAUGCAUAUAUUACCUGAAUAAAGACUGGGAUGCCAAGGAACACGGUGGCCUUUUGCGGAUCUUUCCAGAGGGAACGGCUCAGUUUGCAGACAUUGAGCCCAAGUUUGACAGACUUCUGCUAUUUUGGUCAGACAGACGGAACCCACAUGAGGUCCAGCCAGCUUACGCCACGAGGUAUGCUAUAACGGUGUGGUAUUUUGAUGCUGACGAGCGAGCUCGAGCCAAGGAGAAAUAUCUAACAGGUGCAGGUGAAAGGGGGGUAAAAGUGGAGCUAAACAAGCCGUCAGAGCCCAGCUAGUGAACGAGGGAUGAAUGAAGAGGAGUGUACAGGGCUGGACCUCCAGAACGCUGCUGAGAGAUGAUGAGCAGAGGGCAGAUGAAAGUCAGGAAGGGACUUUCUCUCUCAUUCACCUCUCCAUCUAUCAUCUAUAAGGGGCUUCUCAUAGGGACUCAGAAUGUGAUAGAGCUGUGAAGACAGGCAUGAAUUAACAUGCUUUGUGUUUCCUUUAUGAAGAACGCUGGCUUACAUGAGCAUAGGAUGGACGUAAUGCUAAACUUAAGGGUGUGUGUGUGGACAGUUUCCUUCCCCGGUCCCACUUGCCAGCUUUUGUUAUUGCACGUGUUAAUAAAGGUACAGUUUUGUUUGGCAACGCAUACUCAAAAGCAGAGAAAAGCCCUUUUUAAGGUUACCAGCUCUGUGCGAUGUCCUAUAUGUUAUUCUGCUCAUAAGCCACUGUAAUUAUUGGAUUUGUGUUUUUGUAUGGCUCGUAAUUCUGCUUUCCAAGCUCUCCUAAUUGGAGCCACAAGGAACGCGCUUUAUCAUGGCUUGCACCUGUUGCUAAGUAACCGGGUGCAUUGCUGGAUUGUCUUUGCCAGUAAUCAGCGAUAUGUCUGUUGUUGCAGACGUUAUGUCUCUCCUGUCCUAAGCCAAACUUGACACCUCAUGUCUGUCUAACAGCUCUGAGUUUUAAAUAAAAAAGCAGUUUUCCUAAAUA